AGCCCAAACGUGCCGCUCCUUCCGGCGAGCCGGAACCAACCGCAACCGCCUCCUCCUCCGUCCCUAUAUAAGGCCGGCGCGCCACCACGCGGCAGCCUCAUCCAUUCUCUUCCAAGUUUGCAGCCACACAGCAUUCCACCUCCACCACACCACGCGCGCGCGCGGUCAACAGCACACAUCCCGAUCCAAACCUUCCUCCCACCCUCACCUUCACCUCCGUCGCGCCUCGUCCCGAUCCAUCGACUCCGUUUCUUCCUUGCCGCGCGCACAGCACAUCCAUGGCUGUCGCCGGAGGAGGGGUGGUGCUGAGCCUGCGCGGCCCGUCGGCGUCGGCGUCGCCGGCGGCGGGGCGGCUGCGUAGGGCCUCGUCGUCGCCGUCGGUGAGGUGCGGGGCGACGCGGGAAAGGUGGCCGGCGGCGGCCCCGUACGGGGCGCUGGAGGAGGACCACUACCGGGUUCUGAGGCUGGAGCCGGGCGCCUCCAGGGGCGACGUCAAGAAGGCCUUCCACCGCCUCGCGCUGCAGUACCACCCGGACGUCGUGCGGCGGCAGGGCGGCGGCGACGACGGCCAAGAAAGCAGCAUCGUGGAGUUCGAGCGGAUCAACGCGGCGUACCAUACGGUGAUGCGCAACAUGCGGGAGGCGGAGGCGACGCUCGAGUACUGGCGCCGCCGCUACGGCCUCGCCGACGAGGACCUCGACCGCUACCGCCACUACCUCAACGACGGCGACGAGGACGACUGGUUCGCCGACUUCUGAAAUCUUCAAGGGCCGCCGCGAUUCCUGCCAUGGCAGAGGCAGCAGCACUGUAAAUAAUUUGUGAAACGUCGCUCUCUGCUUCUCUCCACUGUUUUAUUGUGGAGGGAAUAGACGUAGAAAGAAAAUUCAGGGUUCUAACUAAUUGUAAUUGGAACAUUUUCGAUCUCCUUGUCAUCAAUACAAUAAAACGUAGCAGGAAUUAAUCUAAA